AUGUGGCUGUACCUGGCGGCAGUGCUGGCGGGGCUGUACCUGCUGCGGCGCUGGUACCGGGAGCGGCAGACGGUGCCGAGGCUCUCGGAGAAGUACGUGCUGAUCACGGGCUGCGACAGCGGCUUCGGGAACCUGCUGGCACGGCAGCUGGACACGCGGGGCCUGCGGGUGCUGGCCGCCUGCCUGAGCGACAGAGGGGCCGCGCAGCUGCGGGCGGCCGCCUCGCCACGGCUGCAGACCGUCCUGCUGGACGUCACCUCCAGCCGGAGCAUCGCCGCCGCCGCCGCCUGGGUCCGGGAGCGCGUGGGUGACCGAGGUCUCUGGGGGCUGGUGAACAAUGCGGGGACCGCUGUCCCCACCGCCCCUAACGAGUGGCUGACCAAGGAUGACUUCGUCAAGGUGCUGGACGUCAACCUGGUCGGCCUCAUUGAGGUGACGUUGAGCCUCCUGCCCCUGGUGAAGCGGGCGCGGGGCCGGGUGGUCAACGUGGCCAGCGUGAUGGGCCGCGUCUCCUUUUUCGGUGGGGGGUACUGCAUCUCCAAGUUUGGUGUGGAGGCCUUCUCCGACAGUCUCCGGCUUGAGAUGCGCAACUUCGGGGUGAAGGUCAGCGUGAUCGAGCCAGGCUACUUCAAGACGAUGAUCACCAACGCCGAGAACCUGGAGAAGAAUUUUCUUUCCAUCUGGGAGAAGCUCCCGGAGGAAACCAAAGCGAGUUACGGGGAGAGUUACGUGAAGCAGUUUUUGGUAACAGUCAGGAAGAUGCAGCAGAAAUGCAACUCCAACACGACACUGGUCACAGACUGCAUGGCGCAUGCGCUGACCAGCUGCUUCCCACGCACCCGCUACUCUGCGGGCUGGGAUGCCAAGCUGUUCUACAUCCCCCUCAGCUACCUGCCGUCAGCCCUCACGGAUGUCCUAUUCACCUGGUCCUACCCCAAACCUGCCCAGAAAGCCUAAGGCAGGGAUCUGGCGUAGGCAGCCGACAGGCAGCAGCAGCCAGGGCCCAGCAGCGCAGGAUGGGAUACAGCAUCGCCCCCACCCAAGGCCAUGACCAUAGGUUCCUGAAUUUCUAACUUGAUGUACGUCUCACAACCCCCUGUGCCCUGCUAGC